UCCUCGCUCCCACGCCAGUUCACCCAUAUUAAAAUCUGCUGGAAGAAGAAACAAGAGAUCGCAGUGAGAAGAAAGUGAGAACCAGAGGUAAAAGAUGGGGAAAGACAAGACGAUCGGAGUGGCAAUGGACUUCUCAACCAACAGCAAGAAUGCGCUGAAAUGGGCACUGGAUAACUUGGCGGAUAGGGGUGACACCAUCUACAUCAUCCAUGUCCAUUCCAACGAACUCCCCGAGGGUAGAAAUGAGCUCUGGGGCAAGGCCGGCUCUCCUUUGAUUCCGCUGUCGGAGUUCAGAGAGCCGGGGAUUAUGAAGGGGUAUGACCUAAAGCCAGAUGCUGACGUUCUCGCUCUGCUUGAUACCGUGACCAGGCAGAAAGAGAUCAAAGUUGUGACGAAGCUUUACUGGGGAGGAGACGCGAGGGACAGAAUCGUUGACGCGGUCGAAGGGCUGAAGCUGGACUCUGUUGUGAUGGGAAGCAGGGGACUUGGAACUGUGAAGAGGUCAGUAAGGAAAAAUAAGGAAAAAAUCCCACUGUACACAUGUUUUUAA